AUGCAAGCGCGGUGUUCUAUUGCGAUCCGGCGACCGUCGAAGCAACGGCAGCAAGGAGCAGUGGUAAGGCGGCGGACUGGGGAUCACGAGGUCAUAGGUUCGGACUUUUUUCACAGAGCUCCUCGGCAGUUUUUGAGACCAGAUUUGAGAUCAGCGUGAAAAACUACAUCUGGAAAAACUGGUCUCAUUGAGAGGUCCCACUGCGACCGGAGACCAUUCCCUGGUCAGAUUUGCUAGUCACGCUCAUUUUUUAAAAAGAUCUGAUCCACGAAAGUCAUCAGCGAAAGUCACUUUGCCUCUAACAGCUUACUACUUAUUAGGGAACAACUCGGACUCGGGGGAGACGAGACGCGAGUUGAAACUUAAGUGGCUUGUGGUCUAGGUAAGGCCCUUGGAAUCAAGUGAGACUACCUGCUUGACUAUAUAGACUUCUGAGAAGAAGCUGCUCAGGAAAAAUAGCAUACGAGCCUAAACUAGAGCUCUCCAAAAUGACCGAUGAUCGCGGCCUGUAGGGGUAACUUUUUUUUUUCAAAAAAGCGUAUAGGGACCACUAACCGGGGAAUUGUUUUCCGCUCAAAGUCGGACUUCUGAAUGAGACUAGGCUCACUAGAUGCAGUUUUUUACGCUGAAUCCGAAAUGUGUGCUCAAAAGUUGCCCUCGAGGCCUUUGAAAAAAGUUAAGGGGCUCUCAAAAGUCGAUUGGUUUCCUGCAACCAGGAGAGGAGCAAGAUCUACACCGUGGUGCCGAAGAUUGAAGUUGAUUAUGAGCAAGAACUAACAAAAGCGAACGACUGA